UUAUUUGUGUGUGUGUGUGUGUUUUUAACCUCUUUUUAUUAUUAUUAUUUUCUCACAUAAAAAUGGAAGCUAUUGAUAACUAUGCUAACGAUAACAUUGUACGUUCAGUAGCUUAUAAUGCACUCGAAAAAAGAUAUCAACAUCAAUUCCUUGCCCUUUUACCCAUCUCGUCACGACUCUUACGACAACGAGUUCGACUGCUAUUGGAAAAUGGACAACCGGAAUCAUCUGAAUGGAACAAGGUCGUUCAAUGGCAACAAGAUGACUGUGCGCAACAAAUUGAAACUUUGUUUAGUGAUCCUGCAUCAGCUGAUACCAUCUAUCAGGCCCCCAUCUACUACAAACGCAAGGAUGUCGAAACGCUUGAAGCAGUUCUCGAAUUUGUACCUCGUUCUAUUAUUGUCCUCAUCUUGGAAGAUGGUAGUGGUGAUAUCUCUGACAUCAAAUAUCAUAAUACAAAGAGAGUAACUGAAGAGGAAUGGUUGGAUAUCUUUGAGAAUUGGUCAAGGACACUUGAAGACGCUGAACGUAUCUUUUUAACUCGUGUUACUCGUACAAAGCAACCGAAAAAAAUAUUUACAAUGGCAGACAAAUCACCUGAAGAUUAUUGGGGAGACUGGUCAAGUGAUGAAGGUUCUUUACAAACAAAAAAUACUAUCUAUCAAAGGAAUCCAACAGGGGAUAAUAAUAAUAGUACAAUAAAGGAAUCCGAUGAUUCUGAAGAUGACUAUUAUACUCGAUGGUCUCAAGAUCCAGGUACAUUAACACCCAAUGAAACGCCAAAGCGUGUAUUGAAAUCAAUGGACGCCUUACAGCAUAGCACAAGUCAAUUAACAAUGAACCAAGAACUGGAGGAAGAAUAUGAUCAAUCUUAUAAUCCAUUGUUUACUGUGCCUAGUGUACCCAACUUGAUGGACGCUCACACAGCUGCCCUUUCUGAACUUACUCAUAUGUUACAAGCAUCAUUACCUCAACAACAGCAACAACAACAACAACAGAAAGAAGAAGAAGAAGAUCAACAACAAUUCCCUGGUGCCUAUCCUCUAUCCGGUACCCAAUCUCCUGUAGCACAAGAUCCAUUACUUAAAGAAGCAGGUCGUAGUCUAUUUAUGAAAAGUCUUAGUGCUCUUAUUUCAGCUGCUCGAUUAUUGGGUUACGAUAGACAAGACAUCCUAAAUAUGGUUCAAGAAAUAGUUAACAAACAGUAACUUUUU